GAAAUCAUGGCAGAUCCUGAAGCUGAUGCCCAAUUCCAGUUCACUGGUAUUAAAAAAUAUUUCAACUCGUACACUCUCACAGGUAGAAUGAAUUGUGUACUGGCCACAUACGAAGGCAUUGCUUUGAGGGUCUUAUACUUCAAGAUAAAAAACAAAAAACCUACAUCUGUGAAAGCAACAUAA